AAACAACUAGAAAAUGGAGACUACUGGGUUCUUCAGUUUUGGGCUGAUAUUACAAAACCAUAUACUGAAAAUAACAAUAUAGAUAUUCUAUCAAAUAUACAGACCGCUAUUUAUUCAUGCACUGAUAAAAUACAACUAAUAACAACUAUAAAUUACCUGAAAAAUAUUUCAGAAGCUCAGAUUAAAGAAAUUCUUCUGCUAAAAGAUCUUGAUAAAAUAAAGGAAAAACUUCUAGAACUCCCAAUAACUGACCCAUUUUAUUGUUUUAUAGUAAAUUUCAACAGUGAAAUUUGGCAGUCUAUUUAUCAAAGAAAUGCUAUUUUACAUAUUGAAAAUGAUAACUUAUUUAAAUUUUCAACAAAACAAUAUGAUGACAUCAAUAAUGCUAUGGAUUUAGUAUUUGAAAAGUAUAAUCCAAGUUUUGAACCUUCACCUCAAAUAGAAUUAAAUUCUAAUUUAGAAGAUUUACACCAAAAUUAUUGUAAAACAAUUAUGAAGUCAUGGCUACUUGAAUGGAUCAACCUAUCUGCUUUCAACCUUGAAUCACAUUAUGUUUAUAAAUAUGUUUAUUAUCCUCUUGAUACUGUUUUAGAUGGUCUGUUACAACACUUUCAUCUUCAUGGUCCCGAACAUCCUGCAAAGUGUAUUGUCAAACGAAAAAGGUGGCAUCAUCAGCCACUAUUUGGAUUAUCAUCAUCUACUUUUAAUCAAGCCCGGGAAUAUUUUAAUAAUAUUGAGCCAAUUGGAAAUUCUGAAUCCUACUAUGAUGAUGUACGUAUUUAUCCACAGAAAGUUGAUGCUGCAAUCACUUAUACGUAUGAAGGAUACUCAUUAUAUAUUUUGAUGUGCGAAGUAAAAUUACCUAAUGCAUCAAAUUGUGGUGUCUAUAGUAAGCUUAUUCGAUCAUUAAAUGAUGCCAUCAAUAAUUUUAUUAUAUUUUUUUCAAAAACUGUUAAAAUUAUUACUUCUGAAUUAAAUCUUCUUUUUAGUAAAAUGAGAUGGGUUGGGCUAUUUGUUUUCAAUAGACAGAUACAGCUUAUAUUAUUACAUUUCAAUUCAGAAAAGCUUCGAUUUACUUGGUUGACAUGCAAGGGGAUUAUUCCUACCUCUUUUGAAAAACAUGAUGUAGGAUCAAUGAUUGAGAUCUAUUUAAUUGUAAAGGGAAUCAUAAAAGAAAAUUAUGAAGUAAUUUUAAAAAUAAUACAAGAAAUAGAAAGAAAUUCUUCUCAAGAGGGUUCUAUUCAGGCAAUUAAAUAUCUUCAGAAGGUUAUUCGACCGACCCCUGCCUCACCCAUAAAAUGUAAAAAAGAAAAUUGA